CGCGGGGGCCGGACGGCGGCUGGGCCGGCGAGGGGGACCGGGCGGCGGGCGCCAGCGGCCGGAGGACGCCCGGCUGCGGGAGGCGGGGAGGCGGCUCCGCUGCGCCCAGGCAAGCAAACCAAAGAAACCGGCUUCUUGUCCUCCGUUUCUGCUCUCGUUUGGGAUUUGAUUUGCUUCAUCUCUGAGCACAUUAAAAAAAAAAACAAAAACAAAACAAAAAAAAACCCAAAAAGGCAAACCAAACCCACACAAAACAUGUUGUGCGGAAGGACUUCCACUCCCUGGCUGUGCUAUUAACGUUAGCAAUCAGGAAGAGCCUUUGGGGGCUGCAGGAUCUCGCUAGUCUGAUGCUGCUGCUAAAGGUUUUGGUGCAGGGAGACAAAACUGCUGCCUCUUCCAUCCGCUGAUCUCUUAACAUCUGCAUUUUGCUGCUGCUGUGCUCCGUCUCACACCCUCUCUCCAUGGACUGAUUUUUUUUUUUUUAAAAUCCCUUUUCGUUGGGGGGAGGACAAGCGGAAAAUCAAGGAAUUGCAUUGAGAGGAGCGAAAUUGCAUUUAUAUCUUGUGUUGUGGUGGAUCUGUUUUGAGGUUAAUCUUUUUUGGAAAAGAAAACAUGACGUCGCCAGCAAAAUUCAAAAAGGAUAAGGAGAUCAUAGCUGAAUAUGACACUCAAGUUAAAGAGAUCCGUGCCCAAUUGGUAGAGCAGCUGAAAUGCCUUGACCAACAGUGCGAGCUUCGGGUCCAGUUACUGCAGGACUUGCAGGAUUUCUUCCGCAAGAAGGCAGAGAUUGAGAUGGAUUACUCAAGGAAUUUGGAGAAGUUGGCUGAGAGAUUCCUGGCUAAAACUAGGAGCACCAAAGACCAGCAAUUCAAGAAGGAUCAGAAUGUGCUAUCGCCAGUCAAUUGCUGGAAUCUCCUGCUAAACCAAGUGAAGCGGGAGAGCAGGGAUCACACCACGCUCAGUGACAUCUAUCUCAACAACAUCAUCCCACGCUUUGUCCAGGUCAGCGAAGACUCGGGGCGCCUGUUCAAGAAGAGCAAGGAAGUGGGAGUGCAGCUCCAGGAAGACUUGAUGAAGGUCUUGAAUGAACUCUACACGGUCAUGAAAACCUACCAUAUGUACAACGCUGACAGCAUUAGUGCUCAGAGCAAACUGAAGGAGGCAGAGAAGCAGGAAGAAAAGCAGAUUGGGAAGUCAGUGAAACAAGAGGACAAGCAGACGCCACGCUCCCCUGACUCAACUUCCAACGUCAAGUUUGAAGAAAAACAUGUUCGACGAAGCUCGGUCAAAAAAAUUGAGAAAAUGAAGGAGAAGCGCCAAGCAAAGUACACAGAAAACAGACUGAAGGCUAUUAAGGCAAGAAACGAGUACCUGCUAGCUCUGGAAGCCACCAAUGCAUCCGUAUUCAAGUAUUACAUUCACGACCUGUCUGAUCUCAUUGAUCAGUGUUGUGACCUGGGAUACCACGCUAGCCUCAACAGAGCUCUCAGGACAUUCUUGUCUGCUGAGCUAAACCUGGAGCAGUCAAAGCACGAGGGUCUGGAUGCCAUUGAAAACGCCGUUGAGAACCUGGAUGCCAACAGUGAUAAGCAGCGCCUGAUGGAGAUGUACAACAAUGUCUUCUGUCCGCCCAUGAAGUUCGAGUUUCAGCCGCACAUGGGUGAUAUGGAGUCGCAGCUAUGUGCCCAGCAACCAGUCCAGAGUGAGUUAGUGCAGCGGUGCCAGCAAUUGCAGUCCAGAUUAUCUACGCUUAAGAUUGAAAAUGAAGAGGUUAAGAAGACUAUGGAAGCUACGCUCCAGACAAUCCAGGAUAUAGUCACGAUAGAGGACUUUGACGUCUCUGACUGCUUUCAGUACAGCAACUCUAUGGAGUCUGUUAAAUCCACUGUCUCAGAAACAUUCAUGAGCAAACCGAGCAUUGCCAAGAGGCGGGCCAACCAGCAGGAGACGGAGCAGUUCUAUUUCACAAAAAUGAAGGAGUAUCUGGAAGGCAGGAACCUGAUAACGAAGCUCCAAGCUAAACACGACCUUCUUCAGAAAACCCUGGGAGAAAGUCAAAGGACUGACUGCUCCCUUGCCAGCGGCAGGCGCAGCUCCACCGUAAGGAAGCAGGAUUCCUCCCAAGCCAUUCCCCUGGUCGUGGAGAGCUGCAUACGGUUCAUUAGCAGGCACGGUUUGCAGCAUGAAGGAAUAUUCAGAGUGUCUGGGUCACAAGUUGAAGUAAAUGACAUUAAAAAUGCAUUUGAGAGAGGGGAAGAUCCAUUGGCUGGGGACCAGAAUGACCAUGACAUGGAUUCAAUAGCAGGAGUUCUGAAGCUCUACUUUCGAGGGUUGGAGCACCCUCUCUUCCCCAAGGAUAUCUUUCAUGAUCUGAUCGCCUGUGUCACAAUGGAUAAUUUACAAGAAAAAGCACUCCACAUCCGGAAGGUGCUUCUGAACCUGCCGAAGACCACUCUGAUUGUAAUGAGAUACCUCUUUGCGUUCCUCAAUCAUUUAUCUCAGUUCAGUGAAGAGAACAUGAUGGAUCCCUACAAUUUAGCCAUCUGCUUCGGGCCAACUCUGAUGUCUGUGCCUGAAGGUCAUGAUCAAGUCUCUUGCCAAGCUCAUGUCAAUGAAUUGAUCAAAACCAUUAUCAUGCAACAUGAGAACAUCUUCCCAGGACCAAGGGAGCUGGAGGGUCCAGUCUACAGCGGAGGUGGAAACGCCGAAGAUUACUGCGAAAGUCCUCACGGAGAGCGAGCCUCAACAGAAGACUCGGUUCAGGACGUUACGGCUGAACACCACACCAGUGAUGAUGAGUGUGAGCCCAUAGAAGCAAUAGCGAAGUUCGACUACAUUGGCAGGACUGCACGAGAGCUGUCCUUUAAAAAAGGAGCUUCUCUCUUACUCUAUCAGCGGGCCUCAGAUGACUGGUGGGAGGGACGCCACAAUGGAAUUGACGGCCUUAUUCCUCAUCAGUAUAUCGUCGUUCAAGACACCGAGGAUGGUAUCUCUGAAAGAUCCAGCCCGAAGUCUGAAAUAGAGAUAAAUUCUGAGCCACCGGAAGAAAAAGUGACUGCCAGAGCUGGUGCCAGUUGCCCAAGUGGGGGUCACGUCGCAGAUAUUUACCUUGCAAACAUCAACAAGCAAAGAAAGAAACCAGAGUCAGGCAGCAUCAGAAGAGCCUUCCGUCAAAGUGACAGCCACGGACUAGGUAGUUCAAUGGCAGAACCAGCCUCCCCAGGAGCCAUAGCCGGUUCCAGACCCUCAUCUCAGCCUAUUAUGAGCCAAAGUCUUCCCAAGGAGGUUCCAGAUAAAUGCUCCAUCAGUGGCCACAGCAGUCUCAAUUCUAUCAGCCGACACUCGUCCCUGAAGAACAGGAUAGACAGCCCGCAGAUCCGGAAAACUGUGACAGCAGGGAGGUCCAAGAGCUUCAACAACCACCGGCCCAUGGACCCUGAAGUUAUUGCACAGGAUAUUGAAGCUACUAUGAACUCUGCUCUGAACGAGCUGCGGGAGCUGGAAAGGCAAAGCAGCGUAAAGCACACGCCAGAUGUUGUCCUCGACACCCUGGAGCCUUUGAAAACGUCCCCAGUGGUGGCCCCCACCUCGGAACCUUCCAGCCCUCUGCACACUCAGAUCCUCAAGGACACUGAGCCAGCUUUCCAGCGCAGCGCUAGCACAGCCGGCGACAUACCGUGCACCUUCAGGCCUGUGAAGUCGGUCAAAAUGGCCACCCAGGUGAAGCCUCCGGCUACUCGGCCGAAGCCUACGGUUUUCCCCAAAACAAACGCCACGAGCCCUGGCGUUGCCUCCUCUGCAUCUCAGCAGCCUACUGACAAGUCCUGUACUGUCUGAUGAACUUGAUGCUGCUCUGUGGAUAUAACUGUAUUGUUCCAGAUGAAGAGACUCUGUCAAAGACAUUAAAAUUCCUAUUUAACUAAUUUUUUUGAACUUCUUCUGAAGGUUAGUUGUGAACUGCUACUUACUGCUGGGAGCACUUCCUGGGAGUAAAUUUAAGUGGUAACAACCUCGUCCCACGUACCCGCAUCAGUGAUGUUCGUAAGGCAAAACAGUUCGUGCCACGCUUAGGAAAUCCGAUAUCGGGUCACUGUGAAGCUGAGGAGGAAAACACAGAAAACGCGAUGAGUUGGAUCUUGGAUUCUAGUUGAUGCCUCGUUCAAGUGCUUUGGCCACUGAAAGAAAUACUUAGUGGCAUCACGUUUUGAAUACUGGUGUAGUGACUUGUAUAUUCUGUGUUUCAUUUACCACAGGGAAACAAUAGGGAUAGAUUUUAGUCUAUUGCAUGUUUUGGUGCCACUGGUUACGUGGAGCUUGGACAUGCCUGUUUCUUGUGCAUUAUUAUUAUUAUUACGUCGCCCGCUGGUGCCACGGUGGUUAAGGGUCUGUCUCAACUUCCAUCGCAUCCUCUGGUUUUGUUUGUUUGCUCCCCCGUUCCUCCCCCCCAGGGCCAAAGCUCUUGGCCAUCCAGCCUCAUCCUUUAGUCGACACUCGUCAUGAAAAAUAGUUUACUCUGGAACACUCUUAGAUUUUGUGGAGUUAUACGUAAUAUGUGUCUGUGCAAAUAUAAACAAACAUGUUCCUGAGGUUUAGGAGCAUAAGAAAGAGCCCAGUUGUUGCUUAUGGACAAUCUAGCUGUUUUCCCCCUUUGCUCUCCCAUAUUGAAAAACAGCUUUAUUGUUUUUCGGUGUAAUUUUCAGCCCGUAGGCUAUGAUGUGGUGUGUGGUCUCGGGAGACUGAAUGUAAAAACAAGUUAACUUUUGAAAACCAAGCGUUCUCUGAUGGGAGUUCAUUUACUAACGCACACGUUCUUGUUUUGGUCAUGUAUCAGGAUGGAUCCUUACCAAAAUCCCAGUUACAAGCACUGUAAAAACUUCAAUCGGAAGUUCUCAAGCUUUGUAUCUUUCUCCCUCUUUCUGGUUGCAAACGCUUCGGUCGGCGGCUGCGACCGCUGUGAACCGCUUUAGGGAUCUCUGCUCUUAUAGAGCGGUGUAGGAAACGCUGCUGGGGACGGUGACGUGACAGCAUGCAGCCUCUGGAGUGGCUUCCCUGCGUGUUCGUUGGCAGACCGGCAUGCCUCCGUAGGACUCCGCAGACACGUGAAUGAAUUCUUAGUAUUUGUAUUUAUAUGGUAGGCAGCAAAUGCUUCAGCCGUUAGCAGGCUGCAUGAACUCUUUUGUACUCUACUGAGAAUUUUCCACAACGCUAACAUUUAUUUAAUUUAAAAAAAAAAACAAACAAACAAACAAACAAAAAAAAAAAACAAACAAAAAAAACCCCAACAAAAAACAGAAGGCAUGUGCCACUUACAACGGUAAAGAAGAUCUCGCGGUCCUGCAAGAGAGGAGACUCUGGCUGACCCUCAGUUCACCUUGUUCCCAAACUUUUCUGAGAUUUAAAAACAAGCUGCACAUCUUAUGUCUUCAUCAAAUAAAUUCAGGCAAGGACAAGAUAAGAAAAGUAAUUUUCCUCUCCCGUUUAGCUGAGUUUCUUUUAAACUUGCGGGUUUCUCACACUUAGCUUCCCUGUGACUGCAAUGUCGUCUUAAUUGGCGCUUAGUGAUUAAAAAAGGAGCAACACUUAACGUUUCUAAGAACAGUUUCUUCGAAGUACUUUCCUGGCUCAUUUAGGAUGUUACUCGGAGAAAUGACCAGGGUUUUACCGCCUCCCUGUCCAUCCUCGCACGCACCCCCCCAUCUCUACAGCUGUAAUGUAUCCAUAUUAAUGAUGGGUUUUGAAAAGACCAGCUUUCUCUGUGCCCUAAAUUAAGAACAUAUGAAAACUGGGGAACACCGGAAGGCUUUUGGUGAGAACACUCCUACUAUUUGUUUUUCCUUAGCUGAUGUGUAGCAGCAGUUCCCCUGGGGAAGCACCACGGUACGUGUGUGACUGUCACUGGACCUCACCCUGUUCCUCUCGCAGGGGAAGAUCCCCAACAGUGCGACCAGCGACCUUUGCUCUCAGGUUCUGAUGAACUUCUACCACCAAGGAAUCACUUGUUCUUUUGGGGAAAAAUAGAAUUAAACUUGUAAUUUUUUGCUCAGGCAGAACUUUCUGGCAUUUACUUUACGUAGGGAGUUUUUUGGUUUUGUUUUCUUUUUGGUCAUGAACGACCAAAGUUAAUCUAUGUCAAGAGCAGGAUCUCUGUAAAUUUACUUCGACUCAUUUGUAAUGCCUUAUUUUCUUUACAUUUUUAUGCCUAGCAUUCAUGUUUCUAAGAAUUAAGUGUCCAGCCACGCACAGCACAUUUUGGAGGAGAUGCUCUUUUCUAUCUUUGAGCUCUGAAGUUUGAAUGGAAAUUAAGAGAGAAAAAAAGACUUCAGGUUACUGUAACAGCAACUGUCUGUAUGUGAAUUACUGUGCUUAUCUCUAGCAUCCACAGCUCUGGGACAAUCCUGCUGUCACGGGGAAUAUGCUUAGCAGGAUAACCUGUAUAUUGAGCAACUCAACUGGAAUUUUGGUGUGCACUGUGAUUGACACUAACACGUACAGCAAGCAAUAUGGCAGGCUGAAGGUCGUCCUUCCUCUUCCACGUGCUCUGGGUCUGGCCAGCCAGCAGAAAAUUCACACACGCGCACACACACGGGAGGAUUUAAAAAAAAAAAAAACCACAAAAGGAAACUUUUAGCUUGUCUGCUUCACUCUGUGAACAUACAAGGCUGAGAGAACAUUUGCCACAAGUGUUUUAUGACCAGUCGUUGCAGGAGAGGUGGGAAGGAGAAACUGGAAAGGUGGGCGCCGCUCCCGGCAAAACCAGCGGGCACCUUGUAGAGGAGGCCGAUGUAGAGUGGACAAGUACGACACGGUGGUUUGCUUGGGGAGGUAUCAAUGUCGCUUCAUAUCUUCAUAUUCAGAAGAAAUAUUAGCUCUUCCAUGGAAAUUCUCUUUCAUGACUUUUAUGUAAUGUUUGUGUCAAAUAUAAAGACAAGAAGUGUUUGAUAACUGGAAUAAUGUAUGUCUGUUUGAUAGUGCUUUGUAUGAACAAAGGAUUCUUGUUCAUCAGAUGUUGGAUUGAAAUAAUCCAAAGCAAAACUUUUAAAAUAAAAUACGAUUUUAGGUGAUCGAUCUUGAUAGUUUCUGAAGCUCUAACCUUCUAUGUUUUAUUUCCCUAGUUGGGAACUGAGCAGUGUGCUUUAACGAUUGCUAAAUUUCUGCCUCUCUAAGGUAAUCCAAAGGCUCGCAGUUUAUAACUUGUAAAUUUGUUGUUCAUGUCAAAGCAGCGGGACAUGAUCACACACUCUCACUUUAUCUGUACUGGAUAUUUUCUUGCAAUGAAAGUGAUUAAAUAAUUAGAGUGCACUGUGACAGCAGAAAAAAAACUUGUUGUAUAUGUAUGUAUUUUGAUACCUGUUCAAAAAGAGUCUUUGGGUUUCCUGUGAUGAAUACCUCAUAUGUUGGGUUUGGGGAGAUUUUGUUGAUUUUUUUUUUUUUAAAUUUUUUUCUUUUAAGGCAAGAUUGUUCUUGCACAAAAGUAGGUUAAGAUAACCGAGUUCUCAUAAAUUUAUUUACCGAAUCAAAACACUUUGGAGUUUGGCAAGAAAUUCCAUCUGUUGCAGUUCCCCGCCUUGCACUGGGUACCGGGUGAGCAGUCACCCGGCUGUUCGCCUGCGCGCUUGGAAGAGCUCUAGCAAUAUUAAGACAAAAGAGGUCAUUGCAGAUGGAGUUUGCUGCCUUAUUUCUCCUCUUCUGUGUGUCAAAACCUCAGAUUCAGUUGAACGUUGUAUAGGUUUGGGGUUUUGUUAAGCAUCUGAGAGAUGUUCUUCAAUAGAAAUAAAUGUCUCUAGUUAGCGCUUCGGAUCCUUCACGUA